AUGGCCCCUGCAGACCGGGCCUCGGAGGGUCCCAGGCUUGAGGCCCCAUCGGCCCCCCACCCCCUGGGAGAGUGCCCCCCUGGCUUAGUCAUGGCGAAGCUGGAGACACUGCCUGUGCGUGCUGACCCAGGGCGAGAUCCCCUCCUGGCCUUCGCCCCUCGGCCCUCUGAGCUCGGACCCCCAGACCCUCGCCUGGCCAUGGGCAGUGUGGGCAGUGGGGUGGCCCACACCCAGGAGUUUGCCAUGAAAAGUGUGGGCACCCGCACGGGGGGUGGGGGCAACCAGGGCAGUUUCCCUGGUCCCCGUGGCAGUGGGGUCAGCAGGGAGAGGCCAGGCCGCUACCCCUCAGAGGACAAGGCUCUCGCCAAUUCACUCUACCUCAAUGGCGAGCUACGGGGCAGCGACCACACAGAUGUCUGCGGCAACGUGGUGGGCAGCAGCGGUGGCAGCAGCAGCAGUGGCGGCAGUGAUAAGGCCCCACCACAGUAUCGUGAGCCCAGCCACCCACCCAAGCUCCUGGCCACCUCUGGCAAGCUAGACCAGUGCUCAGAGCCGCUAGUUCGGCCUUCGGCCUUCAAGCCUGUUGUACCCAAGAACUUCCACUCCAUGCAGAACUUGUGCCCCCCACAGACCAACGGGACCCCUGAGGGUCGACAGGGCCCUGGUGGCCUCAAGGGUGGACUGGACAAGUCUCGGACCAUGACCCCAGCGGGCGGAGGUGGGAGCGGCCUCUCAGACUCAGGCCGGAACUCACUCACAAGCCUGCCCACCUACAGUUCCAGCUACAGCCAGCACCUGGCGCCCCUCAGCGCCUCCACCAGCCACAUCAACCGCAUUGGCACUGCCAGCUACGGCAGUGGCAGCGGUGGUGGCAGCAGUGGUGGUGGGUCGGGCUACCAGGACCUGGCGACGUCCGACAGUGGGCGGGCCUCCAGCAAGAGUGGGUCAUCCUCAUCCAUGGGGCGACCAGGUCACCUGGGAUCAGGAGAGGGUGGAGGGGGAGGCCUGCCAUUUGCGGCCUGCUCACCACCCUCGCCCAGUGCUCUGAUUCAGGAGCUAGAGGAGCGGUUGUGGGAGAAGGAGCAGGAGGUGGCAGCUCUGCGGCGUAGCCUGGAGCAGAGUGAGGCGGCAGUAGCCCAGGUGCUGGAGGAACGUCAGAAGGCCUGGGAGCGUGAGCUGGCUGAGCUGCGGCAGGGCUGCAGUGGGAAGCUGCAGCAGGUGGCCCGGCGCGCCCAGCGUGCCCAGCAAGGCCUGCAGCUACAGGUGCUGCGGCUGCAGCAAGACAAGAAGCAGCUACAGGAGGAGGCAGCCCGGCUGAUGCGGCAGCGGGAAGAGCUUGAGGACAAGGUUGCCGCCUGCCAGAAGGAACAGGCCGACUUCCUGCCCCGGAUGGAGGAAACUAAGUGGGAGGUAUGCCAGAAGGCUGGGGAGAUUUCCCUUCUGAAGCAGCAGCUGAAGGACUCGCAGGCGGAUGUGUCCCAGAAGCUGAGUGAGAUUGUUGGGCUGCGCUCACAGCUGCGGGAGGGCCGGGCCUCCCUGCGGGAGAAGGAGGAGCAGCUGCUCAGCCUGAGGGACUCCUUCGGCAGCAAACAGGCCAGCCUGGAGCUGGGUGAGGGAGAGCUGCCCUCUGCCUGCCUCAAGCCGGCACUGACCCCAGUGGAUCCGGCUGAGCCACAGGAUGCACUGGCCACCUGCGAGAGCGAUGAGGCCAAGAUGCGCCGUCAGGCUGGGGUGGCUGCUGCCGCCUCCUUGGUUUCCUUGGAUGGGGAGGUGGAUGCUGGUGGGGAGAGUGGGACGCGGGCCCUGCGGCGGGAGGUGGGGCGGCUGCAGGCUGAGCUGGCAGCUGAGCGGCGAGCCCGGGAGCGCCAAGGUGCCAGCUUUGCAGAGGAGCGCCGAGUGUGGCUGGAGGAGAAGGAGAAGGUCAUCGAGUACCAGAAGCAGCUGCAGCUGAGUUAUGUGGAGAUGUACCAGCGCAACCAGCAGCUAGAGCGGCGGCUGCGAGAGCGAGGGGCUGCGGGAGGUGCCAGCACACCUACACCCCAACAUGGGGAGGAGAAGAAAGCCUGGACCCCCUCCCGCCUUGAGCGCAUCGAGUCCACAGAAAUAUGA